AGAGAGAGAGAGAGAGAGAGAGAGAGAGAGAUGCUUUCUGGCUCCUUUCCCUCCCUUGGUCUUGGCAACGCGGCCGCAGUAGCAGCAGAGGCGGCGGCGGCGGCGGCGGCAGCUACAGCAGUCCCGCCAGCCGGCUGCUGCUGCAGGCUGCCGGGCAGUGGCGAGUGGGGAGUCACACACACAGGGGAGGUGGAGGGGCCAAAGUGCAGCUCGGAUGGGACAGGCCCCAGCCCUGGAGAGAUGCAGCGCCCAACUUGAUGCCACCCUCCAGCUUCUCCGGCCUCAGGGGAUGGACGCAGCCACAGCUCCAAAGCAAGCCUGGCUCCUGUGGUCCCCGCUCCUUUUCUUGCUCCUCCUACCUGGGGGGAGCAUCAGUAGCUGCCCUACUGUGUGUGACUGCACCUCCCAGACCCGGGCAGUACUCUGUGCCCAUAGGCGACUGGACACUGUCCCUGGAGGGCUUCCACUGGACACAGAGCUCCUGGAUUUGAGCGGGAACCGCCUGUGGGGGCUUCAGCGAGGCAUGCUCUCCCGACUGGGCCAGCUCCAAGAACUGGACCUCAGCUACAACCAGCUCUCUACCCUUGAGCCUGGGGCCUUCCAUGGCUUACAAAGUCUACGCACCCUGAGGCUCCAGGGCAACCGACUGAGAAUUGUGGGUCCUGGGAUCUUCUCAGGCCUGUCUGCUCUCACACUGCUGGACCUCCGCCUCAAUCAGAUCGUCCUCUUCCUAGACAGAGCCUUUGGUGAGCUAGGCAGCCUCCAGCAGCUGGAGGUUGGAGACAAUCACCUGGUGUUUGUGGCUCCUGGGGCCUUCACAGGGCUGGCCAAGCUAAGUACCCUCACCCUGGAACGCUGCAACCUCAGCACAGUGCCUGGCCUAGCCCUUGCCCAGCUCCCAGCUCUAGUAGCUCUUAGGCUUCGAGAACUGGAUAUUGAGAGGCUGCCAGCUGGGGCACUUCGAGGGCUAGGGCAGCUAAAGGAGCUGGAGAUCCACCACUGGCCAUCUCUGGAGGCCCUGGACCCAGGGAGCCUGCUGGGGCUCAAUCUGAGCACCCUGGCCAUCACCCGCUGCAAUCUGAGCUCAGUACCCUUCCAAGCACUGUACCACCUGAGCUUCCUCCGGGUCUUGGAUCUAUCUCAGAAUCCUAUCUCGGCCAUCCCAGCCCGAAGGCUCAGCCCCCUCAUCCGGCUCCAGGAGCUCAGACUGUCAGGAGCCUGCCUCACUUCCAUCGCUGCCCAUGCCUUCCAUGGCCUGACUGCCUUCCACUUGCUGGAUGUAGCAGACAACGCUCUUCAGACUCUGGAGGAAACAGCCUUUCCUUCUCCAGAUAAACUGGUCACCCUGAGGCUGUCCGGUAACCCCCUAACCUGUGAUUGCCGCCUCCUCUGGCUGCUCCGCCUCCGUCGCCACCUGGAUUUUGGCACCUCCCCUCCUGCUUGUGCUGGCCCCCAGCAUGUCCAAGGGAAGAGCCUAAGGGAGUUUUCAGACAUCCUGCCUCCGGGCCACUUCACUUGCAAACCAGCCCUGAUCCGAAAGUCAGGGCCCCGGUGGGUCAUUGCGGAGGAGGGAGGGCAUGCUGUUUUCUCCUGCUCUGGAGAUGGAGAUCCAGCCCCCACUGUCUCCUGGAUGAGGCCGCAGGGAGCUUGGCUGGGAAGGGCUGGGAGAGUAAGGGUCCUAGAGGAUGGCACCCUGGAGAUUCGCUCGGUGCAGCUGCGGGACAGGGGGGCCUAUGUCUGUGUAGUCAGCAAUGUUGCUGGGAAUGACUCCCUGAGGACCUGGCUAGAAGUUGUCCAAGUUGAACCGCCAAAUGGCACUCUCUCCGACCCCAAUGUCACCAUGCCAGGGAUCCCAGGGCCUUUCUUUCUGGACAGCAGGGGUGUAGCUGUGGUGCUGGCAGUGGGGUUUCUCCCCUUCCUCACCUCAGUGACCCUCUGCUUCGGCCUGAUCGCUCUUUGGAGUAAGGGCAAGGGCCGGGUCAAGCACCACAUGGCUUUCGACUUUGUGGCACCUCGGCCCUCUGGGGAUAAGAACUCUGGGGGUAACCGGGUCACUGCCAAGCUAUUCUGAUCUUUUCUUCCACACUGAAGACUACCCAAGUCCACUUUAGACGCCAAAGGGAAAGGUAGGGCUAAAGUCUCUUGAACCACAGCUUCAUGUCAGACAACAUGUCUCCCCCCGACCCUCCACCUGUCACCUGCACUCCGAGAGCUGCUCUAGUCUGAGAAUAGCAUUGGCACCUCUCAUUGAGGGCCCCAGGGAGCUGCAGACACAGACCUUAUCGCCAAGACAGCCCCCACUUGGCAUCCCCACACCAGGUAGGAAAGAAAUGCAAGGCUCCGGUCUGCUCUUCACACACUUAUAUCCAUUAAUAUCCAGGACCAGCUGCCCAACACAACCAUAAGAUUAAUUUCAGAAGUGAGCCAGGAAGCACCACAAGCUUCUGAGUCCACUCAUCAUGCAGGCAUCCUCCCUUUCUUUUCUGCUACCCAGUACCAAAUCCAGCCAGCGCCCCUGGGUGCAAGCAGGAACUAGAGCCGAGGAUGCAGAGGAUGCCUGUGAGUGCGGCCUGACUCAGCUCUGGCACUCGGCUGCCUGCUGGAGCCUCCACCACCUUGGUGACUGUCAAAAGCCACCACAGUGGCAGUGAGAACGAAACAUGAUCCCUGGGACUUUAUUUACUUCCAUCCACUCCUUCCCAGUCCUCCCAUUUCAGCUACUGAUCAUCAUCGAGCCUCCACCUACCCAAGCCUGGCACAAAGGCUGAGGAGGCCCACGCGGCCUGCAGAGAUCAGCGCUCCUUGCUCCUCUCCGUUUGCACCCUUGCCCCCUUGCUCUCCUCUCUAGAGCCGAAGAAGGCCAGAUUCCCCCACCUUUGAAGGGAUGCCUCUGCAGCAAUCUCCCGUUUCACAUCUUCAGUCACUCCGGGGUUGCAGAUCCCAAGCACGCCUGGCAAGGGGAAAGCCAGAGGGGAACUCCUAAGAAUCACCGUAACACACACAAGAACAUGCAGCUGGGAGCAAGGCUGGGGCGCUCAGCCAGCCACGUGAGAAGUGGAGGGAAGCAGCUGCCUAGAUGCUUCACACCAGCCUCAGCUCCCCCAGCUGGAUUUAGUGUGGCCCCCAGUGGGAAGCUGUCCCUGGAUAAAUGUCACCUCAAAGGGGAAGUGGAGUGAGAGGUAGAAUUGCUGACUGCUACAGUGUGCUUCCAACAGAGGAUGGAGCAGAGCCCAAAGCACAGAGAUGCUGGGAGCUCUAGACACUGACAGCAUCAGCAUCCGAAAGGGAGGAGGAAGGGGGGCAGGGAGGACAGGAGGAGGGGCUGGCAAAUGGAGAGUCAUGCAGCCCCAGGGAGCCUUUUCUCUUGACUGCAGCAUCUUCUAACCAGUGUUUCCUUCCUCCUUGCCCAGUCCCUGCCCACCUCACACCAAAAACGUAUGCCACCAUAAGCUUUCUGGUGGCUGCUGUUGCCCUUGCUAGGAGGAGACUCCACUCGCUGCUGCAAGAUCCCUAGCUCAAACUGUCCCUGACAGGUGAGCAGUACUGAGCCAGCAAAGCUGGACCGAGGACGCAGGCGCACAAGCACUUGGGAGCGCCAGAAGUGGCUGUGGGAGCUUAGGCGUUAAUAGAGCAAGGCUGGAGAAAAGGACAUUCUUGAGAAAUAGGCAACUCUGAGACCCCAAGCUCCUCCACGCCCUCGCUGUCCAAAGAACAAUUCGGGCAACCUCCUCCUCUCCCUCAUCUACCAGCAGCUUAUUAGGCCGGGACCUGGGAGAUUCCUGUGGGUGCCCUAUUCUAAGAUUUGUCUCUUUUGUUUCAUGUGUGUGUGUGAGAGAGAGUGUCCGAGUGUUUGUGUGUGCAGCGUGUGUGUACUUGGUGCCCACAGAAGCCAGAGGAGGACACUAGAUCCCCGCAGCUGGAGUCUUACAUGGUUGUGAGCCAACAUCUGGGUACUGGUAACCAAACCCAGGUCCUCUACAAAAGCAAUAAGUGCUCUUAACCACUGAACCAUCUCUCCAGCCUCCCUUCCAACUCCCCCUCCCCCUCCCCCCCACCCCCUUAUUUUAAGACAAAGUUUCACUGGCUGGCCUGGAACUCCAUACGUAGACCAGAUUGACUUUCAACUCACAGAGGCCUGCCUCUGCCUGGCACUAAAGGCAUGUGACCCCAUGCCUGCCCCACCUCCACCCUGUCCUUGCUCUUGCAUAGCUUUCCCAGGAAACCUUGGAGAAGUGAAGCCCAUUCAUUUAAGGUCACCGUGUUGAGCACUGUCACAGCUUUUCUGGUCAUCUGCAAGCCAGUCCUCUUUCUGACCUCCCUAGAAAGGGUGCUCUUAGCUCAGUUGUGAGUGCACAAGCUAGGGUGUGUGUGUGUGUGUGUGUGUGUGUGUGUGUGUGUGUGUGUGUGUGUGUGUGUGUUUAAUCCUCACAUCAAGAUAAAGAUAAAAUAGAUUAAGCUGUUCAAGUGCACAGAGCUAGUUGAUAAGGAAGCUAUACUUGAAGGCAGAGGUGGCUGACUCAAAACUACCGUUUCUACUAUACCACACAGUCACUGUUACGCUCUUGUAAUGGACUCUCUCAGAGCCUCUCUGUUGUACGGUGUGAAAUUGUGAGAAAAGUGACAUUUUCUGUCCUGCCCACUGCACUGUUAAGGGUCCAGCUCUGAUUCUGGCCUUUCUUCUAUUCUGUUUUUUACUUUCUCCCUCUCUUCUUAGUCUGUCUGCCUCAAGGACUUCAGGAAGGAGCAGAAAUUCCAGGCAUGAGACAGGUGGAAAGGGAAUGCCUGUGUCUCCCAGAAUUUUACCCUGAUUAAAACAUGGAUAUUCCAGGGGGUCUAACUUGAGACACCUCUUGGUUUAAAGAAGGACUUCCAGUAUGGUAGAGCAACCAGGUCAUUUGAACGCACUCACUCUGCCCAGCUUUUGCCUACCCCUGCUGGAAAGGACCCUCUUAAAGCCAAUCCUACCCUCUUUCCUUGUAUUUCAAGAGAGCACCAAAGCUCCUAGGCUGAGGGAACUAUAGACCCAAAGCCCUCUGGGGCCACUUUAGCAAUCUCCCAUAUUGGUCCCUGACAGGUUGUUUCCUCUGAGUUCUGACUUCUGGCUUUCCUUUGCUGUUCUGGAUUCUGUUCAAGGAUGAAAACCCUGUACAGCAUCACAGACUUCUCUUGAGACCAUCUGGAGUAAGCUAUGAUGGUAAAUGUUUCCCGUUAUCCAACCACCCAAAGCCAUCACAGACCCCAUGGAGUGCAGGCAGGUUAAGGUCAUGGGUCUUAGAAGCCUGUUUGCAGGGGCAGAGCUGAGGUGAGUGCUCAGGCUGCCUCUGCUUCCUCGGGUCCACUAAAAACAAAGAUAAAAGAGUCACAGUGUAACCAAGAUGCUACAGCAGGUGCUAUGGUAGUCCCUGACCCCUUCCUCUACCAGUAUUCAUCUCUCAGGGACAGGUUGGGGACCUCUGGAUGGGACUCCUGGUCUAAGAAAAAGCAUGA